AUGUAUCUCCUUGCUCUUGCCAUUUUCGUUCCGCUGUAAGGUCGGCUUCUCUCCUGAGAACCGCAAUCAAUAAAUACUAAGCCACACCACCGAUCAAAGGAAACCCCAAACAACUUUUGGAUUCAUUCAAUUUCUUCACCAGUUUUGUUCAUUGUCGGUGGUUACGGAUUUUGGGUAUUCCACACCUCUUGAGAAUAUGAGCACUCAAGCUCGAAAUGACAGAAGGGAUAGAUCUAGAUUUCCUGCCCAGAACGCUCGUCAGGAGUGGGUGCCAAAAGGAUCCACAACAUCUGUUGUGAACCCAUCUCUGAGUUCCAAUUUCGACACCAGUGUAAAUGGGCAAAUUAAUCAGAGCUCGGCUCCACUUGAUAACCAGCAUAGAGCAAAUAAUGGUUUGAGGGGGCGCGUCAACCGGCCUAUGAAUUAUAGGAGAGAAAAGGAGAAAGGCAAGAGUGAGAGUCAUGGGGUGAAGAAGGAGGUGAAAGAUCCGAAUUUGCCACAGCUUGUUCAAGAAAUUCAGGAUAAGCUUGUGAAGAGUGCGGUUGAGUGUAUGAUUUGUUAUGAUAUGGUUCGGAGGUAUGCGCCUAUAUGGUCGUGCUCAAGUUGUUACUCAAUAUUCCACCUUAAUUGCAUCAAGAAGUGGGCCAAGGCCCCCACAUCUGUUGAUUUGGUUGCUGAGAAGAAUCAGGGCUUUAACUGGAGGUGUCCAGGUUGCCAAUCUGUGCAAUUAACACCAUUGAAGGAUAUUCACUACGUUUGCUUUUGUGGAAAGAGGACAGACCCACCUUCUGAUAUGUAUUUGACACCACAUUCAUGCGGAGAACCAUGUGGGAAGCCUCUUGAGAAGGAACUUGCUGUUGCUGGUAGGACUAGGGAAGAACUUUGCCCUCAUGUUUGUGUCUUGCAGUGUCACCCUGGUCCCUGCCCUUCUUGUAAGGCAUUUGCUCCACCACGUCCGUGUCCAUGUGGGAAGAAAGUUCUUGCAACAAGAUGCUCUGAUAGGAAGUCUGUUCUUACUUGUGGACAGGUCUGUGAUAAGGUUCUUGAGUGUAAGCGACAUCAGUGUGAUCAGAUAUGCCAUGUGGGCCCUUGUGACCCCUGCCAAGUUUUAAUCAAUGCCUCAUGUUUCUGCAAGAAAAAGGUAGAAGUUGUCAUAUGUGGAGAAAUGGCUUUGAAGGGAGAAGUUAAAGCAGAAGAUGGUGUCUUUUCUUGUAGUUCUUCUUGUGGGAAGAAACUUAGCUGUGGUUAUCAUAAUUGUGUUGAGGUUUGCCAUCCUGGUCCAUGUGGGGAAUGUGAGCUGAUGCCAAGCAGGAUUAAUACUUGCUACUGUGGGAAAUCAAGCUUGCUGGAGCAAAGGCAGAUUUGUGUGGACCCAAUUCCAACUUGUUCACAGAUAUGCAGCAAGCUCCUUCCAUGUCGAGUUCACCAUUGUGACCAAGUAUGUCAUGCUGGGGCUUGUCCACCAUGUUCAGUUCUUGUAACCCAAGAAUGCCGUUGUGGAUCAACCUCUCAGAGAGUUGAAUGCUACAAAACAACAAUAGAGAAUGAGAGAUUUGUAUGUGACAGGCCUUGUGGGCGUAAGAAGAACUGUGGUAGGCAUCGAUGUAGUGAACGGUGUUGCCCUCUCUCAAACUCAAACAAUCUACCUGCUGGGGAUUGGGAUCCUCAUUUUUGCCAAAUGGCAUGUGGGAAGAAGCUAAGGUGUGGGCAGCAUUCUUGUGAAUCACUAUGUCAUAGUGGCCAUUGCCCCCCAUGCCUUGAAACAAUCUUUAGUGAUUUGACAUGUGCAUGUGGGAGUACUUCAAUCCCUCCUCCAUUGCCAUGUGGUACACCUCCUCCUUCAUGUCAGCUCCCAUGCUCAGUUCCACAGCCUUGUGGUCAUACACCUUCUCACAGCUGUCACUUUGGUGACUGCCCACCUUGUUCAGUCCCAGUAGCAAAGGAGUGCGUUGGAGGCCAUGUUGUUCUCAGAAACAUACCUUGUGGAUCAAAGGAUAUCAGAUGCAAUAAGCUCUGUGGCAAGACCAGGCAGUGUGGUAUACAUGCAUGUGGUAGAACUUGUCACCCACCUCCUUGUGAUACUACUUGUGGAUCUGACAUGGGUUCUAAGACUUCUUGUGGACAGACAUGUGGUGCCCCUCGUAAAGAUUGCAGGCAUAGUUGUGCUGCUCCUUGUCACCCUAUUGCAGCAUGUCCUGAUGUUAGGUGUGAAUUCCCAGUGACAAUUACAUGUUCUUGUGGCCGGAUAACAGCAUCUGUUCCUUGUGAUGCUGGGGGGAGUGUUAACAGUUUCAAUGCUGACACUGUUUUUGAAGCUUCUGUGGUCCAAAAAUUGCCAGUGCCACUUCAACCAGUAGAACCGAAUGGCAAGAAGAUUCCUCUUGGGCAGAGGAAGCUUAUUUGUGAUGAUGAAUGUGCUAAGUUGGAACGUAAACGGGUUCUUGCAGAUGCUUUUGAUAUUACUGCCCCCAACUUGGAUGCUCUUCAUUUUGGAGAGAAUCCUUUUGCAUCUGAGUUACUUGUCGAUCUAUAUAGGCGUGAUCCAAAGUGGGUGUUAUUGGUGGAGGAAAGAUGUAGGUUCCUGGUCCUUGGCAAGAACAGAGGAAGUACAAGCAGCCUUAAGGUUCAUGUUUUCUGCCCAAUGGUGAAGGAUAAGAGAGAUGCAAUUAGGCUAAUAGCUGAGAGAUGGAAGCUUGCAGUCAAUGCUGCUGGUUGGGAGCCAAAGCGUUUUAUUUUGGUUCAUGUCACCCCAAAAUCUAAACCACCAGCUCGUGUCAUUGGGAGUAAGGGUUCUGCCACUGUUGGGGCCCCCAACAUGCCAAUUUUUGAUCCUUUGGUCGAUAUGGAUCCAAGGCUUGUUGUUUCUUUUCUAGAUUUGCCUCGUGAAGCAGAUAUAAGUGCAUUGGUCCUGAGGUUUGGUGGGGAAUGUGAACUUGUUUGGUUGAAUGACAAGAAUGCAUUAGCUGUUUUCAGUGAUCCUGCAAGGGCAGCUACUGCUAUGAGGAGGUUGGAUCAUGGAUCAGUUUAUCAAGGUGCUGUUUUGGUUGUUCAGAAUGGUGCAGCAUCAGUACCAUCUGCAGCUACUAAUGCAUGGGGAGUUGCAGGGCCAAGUUCAAGUUUAAAAGGCAAUCCAUGGAAGAAAGCUGUUUUUCAGGAGCCUGGUUGGAGGGAAGAUUCAUGGGGUGGUGAAGAGUGGUCUGGCGGAUCCCCAGACCUGCAUGCAUCUGUGUGGAAAGGUAUGGAUGCUCCAAUUGCUCCUUCAAUAAAUCGCUGGAGUAUUUUAGAUUCUCAAACAUCUGCAAACUCAUCUGCUGCCUUGGUUAGAACUGAGGAUCCCUCAAAACAGCCAGGAGAUGUUUCCAAUUCAGGGAUAGAUAAAGUUGCAACCAGUUCAACUUCAGUAAGCCAGCCCGGAGGUGGCUUUAGUCAAAUUGAGGUUUCUGAUCCAGAAGUUGCGGAUGACUGGGAGAAGACUUACGAAUGAGAGAAUGUCUCUGAGCUUCUGAGCUGGGAUAUUGGAGUUUAUGAAUCAAUUUUCACCUUGUUUCAACAUUUUGGAAGAAAUUUUCUGUUAUGUUCCUUAUCACAGUUUUAUCACCAUUUAUCCCAGAGUAUAUUAUGGGUGUGGUGCAAAUUUUUUCUUAUCCUUUUUCUUGAUUGGAGCAUGCCUUUGCUGUACUGGAAAAAAAAUCUUUGAUGUAAAGGAAAAUUUUUCUUUUUAUUGAAGAAAUAGUUACACAACCUGGUGAUUGGGAAUUGGUUGCAACUUUUUCUAUGUCUGA